AUUGGCCAGUUCAGCUGCCGACCAAUCAGAGUGCGUUUUUGUACGACUAAAGGUGGCCAUAUUUUAUGCCACCUGGGUUUUGCUUCUAACAGCUGUAUUUUGCUACGACUCUAACGUAUUUAACAAAAUACCCUAUAUUUAGUGUUUAUCACAUCAUGCCUUAUUAUCAGACGUGGGAAGAGUUUGCGAGAGCUGCAGAAAAACUUUAUUUGACGGACCCGAUGAAGGUCAGAGUGGUUCUAAAAUAUCGACACUGUGAUGGAAAUCUCUGUAUGAAGGUCACAGAUGAUGCUGUGUGUUUACAGUACAAGACUGACCAGGCCCAAGAUGUGAAGAAGAUCGAGAAACUGCAUGGGAAGUUGAUGAGAUUAAUGGUCUCCAAAGAGACCCACAGUGGAUCCAUGGAAACGGACUGAAUUAUUAAAAGGACCUGUUGGGAUUGGACAGUUGUUUGUGACUCAAUUCGACUGACAAUGAAGAGAAACUGAUAUACACUAGGAUGGAGAAGAAGUUUGGUUGAUGUUUCACUGUAUACUGAGAAUGUUCAAGAUUAUGCUCGUUUGGGGAGCAAGCAGCAAGACCAGAGGAAACAUCCUACAAGAGGCUGAAAUUUGUGUUCUUAUUCUGGAGGUCGGACAACGUUGUAAUGGUCAUACAGUUGUUUUCAUUUGGUCUGCCUAUUAUUUAACGUUUGGAGAAAGUGGGUUUUAACUGCGACAACAUCAAGGGAAUACAUUUCGAAGCAGGACCUUCUUAAUUUCUUAGAUUACAAUAAAAUCCCAGUUUUGAAGUAUGUAUGACUAUGCAUGAUGUACAUUGAACCUAAAUAAAUGUCUUUUUUUCAUCCCA